GGGAAAUGAAAAAACAGCGACAGCGACAACGACAACAACAACAACAAAACGCAUUUUGUGAGCCGCAGUAGAAGCAAGCUGUCCCUGCAACCUUUUGAUGUCCGCUUUGUGGCCCAGCUUUGUCACCUGCAGCCGCCCGUUCCGCACAUGAUGUGCUCCAGUGUUAGCAGCAUGAAGGCCAAAAACAAUAACAGCAAUUACGAAUACAGCAGCCAUAACAAUAAAGCCACUGCCAAUCGAAGCGCUUGAACUGGAGAAUUGAAGAAUUCAAGAAUUGAAGAAUCUGGCAUUUCGGUAAAGGCCUGCAGCGACAGCCCUACAAUUUACCAAACCAAUCUUAAUAGCACGAACGUCCGAUAAACGAAGAAGAAAUCGAAAUUGAGCAGGAGUAAGCAGCAGGAGCUGAAGGAAAACAAGGAAAACUAGGAAAAGUACAAGCAAGCUUGUUGCAUUUGGGAAAGCUACAGAUUUCCAAGACGACCGCCCAUCUAAAUGUUCACCGUAUUUGGGACCAAUCGGUGGCGAAAGCUCUGACGACAACAACAACUAGAGCUACGCCCAAGCACGGCAUCCCGGCCGACACUAUGAUAAGAAGGCUCUACAACACCGUGGAGGAUCCAGCCUACUGCUCAUUCAUCUGGGGUGAUAAUCUAACCAACAGCAAUGAUCUCGCCGGCGGCAGUAACUCAACAUCGCUCUUCACUAGCGACUUGCGCGAUGAUUUUUACUCGGAUGUGGAGGACCCUCGCACCGAGAAGCUGCGCGAAUACUGCUACGGCAUCUUGCUGCCCAUCAUCUGUGCUCUCGGCAUUAUUGGCAAUGUGCUCAACUUAAUUGUCCUGACGCGUCGCAACAUGCGUGGCACGGCCUAUAUCUACAUGCGAGCCUACUCCACGUUCGCACUGCUUGCCAUAGUGUUCGCCAUACCAUUCGGGAUACGGAUGCUGGUUCACAAGGAUCGUGGCCAAUGGGAAGAGUUCGGACCGGCCUUCUAUACCGCACAUUUGGAGCUUUUUCUAGGCAAUGGCUGCUUGGGCGUCGGUGUCAUGAUGCUACUGGUUUUGACUAUCGAGCGCUACGUCUCUGUCUGCCAUCCAGGAUUCUCGCGACCCGUUAUUGGACCCCCAGGUUUUGUUGUCUUUAUGACCUGCCUCUUGACCUUCAUAAUGUAUCUUCCGAGCAUCUUUCGAGGCGAGUUGAUCAAGUGCUUGUUGGUUGGACGGAAUGUCUAUGUCUAUUUGCGGCGCGAUAACCAAGCCUAUCAGCACACCAUUUUUUAUACGAUCUACAAGGUCACUCUGGAAGUCGUAUUCAAGCUUAUACCCACCGUCGUCAUAGCUGGCCUCAAUGCACGCAUCAUGCAGGUCUAUCGACGCACCUGCGAACGUCGCCGCCAAAUGGUCCUAACACGUGCUAUUUACGUUAAGGACGAGGAUCCCCGUAAAUUUGCUGAGGAGCGUCGGCUCUUCCUUCUACUAGGCAGCACAUCCCUGCUCUUCCUGGCCUGCGUCUCACCCAUGGCCAUCUUACACAUGACCAUUGCAUCGGAGGUGCUGCCCAGCUUCUCUUUCCAGGUUUUCCGAGCGCUGGCCAAUUUGCUCGAGCUCAUCAACUAUUCGAUCACCUUCUACAUCUACUGUUUGUUCAGCGAGGACUUUCGGAACACCCUGAUGCGUACUAUCAAAUGGCCGUGGUUUAAGCCCAAGCUUUGUCAGCAGGCAGAUGAGAUGUCCGCCAAGCCCACUCGCCUCGUUCACUUAGAUAAGGUAGCACUGCGAAACCACCAUGUAACCACCACAUCGGGCGUUUGCACUGGGGCCGGACGUUCGAGCAGCAUUUGAAGUUCGCC